AUGAGUGACGUUUACGGUACUUCGUCUCGAAAAGAACAACAGACAAACUCCUAUGAGAGUAAAGCCAUGAAAGAGAUUUGCUCGCGGCUAUUUCAAUUAAAUAGCCAAUUUAUUGCAGUCCAAAAUCAUAAUAAUCAGAAGUUAGAAGAAAUAAGCCUGAAAUUAGAAUACUUGAGUGAAAGCGUUGAAAAUAUCAAGAACACCUUAGGUACCAUGAGUUGUCGAUUGAAGCUUGAUAAUGAUAAUGUACAACAAAAUAAACCUGGGUCUGGCCUGUCUAUGAUUUUCGAUGUCAUUAACAGGCACUUGCUGAGUAUGAGCAAAGAUAUGGAAGCAUUAACUAAUACAAAUGUGCCUACCAUGAGGAUCCACGAGGGAUAUAUUAAUCCUUCUUAUAAUCAGAGCAUCAAACUUUCUGAUAAAAGCGUGGCAUUCAAACCAGUUGAGUCGACGAACACCAAAUUUGCUGUGCCUCUUCAUAUUCCCGAUAGUCUUACAUACAACCACAAUGAUGAAGGUGCCAUUGAUGAUACCUUCCGUGGAGACACGGGUAGUUUGAGCAUAUCAAGUCUUCCACAAAGUAAGCGUUUUAAACCGAGCUCAAAAACAGAUGAUAAAGCUCUAAGUGAUGCUAUUGAUGUGUUCCCCAAUGGUGAUUUAAACAGGACAGUAGAAGAAAGUACUCCUCAGUAUAAAUUGGAAAAGAGUCUCAAAACCAUCGACGAAAUUUGGAAAGAAUAUGAAUACGGUCUCAAUGGAAAACCACCUUUAAAGGAUUUAGAGAAUAAGUUUGGAACAAAAUGGAGAAAUGAAACUGAGCUGAGGACUUUUCUUAGACGAAAGAAGAUAUACGAGGCAAUAGAAAUUGGAAAAGCCCUGGGAAAUUCUGAUGAUGAUGUGAUCAGGGAAUUGGAGGCUCAUAGAAGCUAUGAUCAUAAUGGAUACACUAGAAAAAAGCCUCUUCUGUGGCUUUGCCAAAACGUCCCUUCUAAGUUUUCUAAUUAA